AUGGGUGAGAAAAAUCCGUGGAGAUCAUUUCGUUUGCCAUACAAUCCCACCCCGAACCAGGAGUCCACUUCGGAAAUGGCUCAACCGGCAUCCGCUGCCAGCAACGGCAGUGAAGGCAACCCUUUUCUGCAACCAGCAGAGUCCACUUCGGAAAUGGCUCAGCCGGCAUCCGCAGCCAGCAAUGGCAGUGAAGGCAACCCUUUUUUGCAACUAGAAGAGUCCACUUCGGAAAUGGUUCAGCCGGCAUCCGCUGCCAGCAACGGCAGUGAAGGCAACCCUACUUUGCAAUCAGCAGAGCCCAUUUCGGAAAUGGUUCAGCCGGCAUCCAGAGCCAGCAACGGCAGUGAAGGCAACCCUACUUUGCAAUCAGCAGAGUCCACUUUGAGAAUGUCUCAAUCGGCAUCCGUCGCCAGCAUCGGCAGUGCAGGGAACCGUCCCACUAUGCAACCAGCAGAACAGAGAAGGCUCGUCUACGUCUCUGCCGACCGCAACCAGGCAUGGUGGAAGAGGUCGGAUGUCCCCGAUGACAUCGGCGAGCUCAUGGAAUGCGAAUUGGACCAGAAACCUCUGCAGCUGCAGAACCACCACCUGCCCGUGGUCUUCGCUGGUGGUCCUCGAAGUCAACGGGUCAUCCCGGUGUACUCCACAACGAUCUACGACUUCAUGGGCAAAGUGCGGGAGUUGCCCGAAGAGAUGCUUCAGAAACUCGAUGAGGACCUCUUGCAGGCCAAAGAGAUGGAUCACUUUCCGUACAAGGAGCUGAUCUUGAACCUGGAGCCCAGAAGUAGGGAUGCCCAAUGGUGGUUCAGAGACUCCGGCAGAGAUUCUCCCGAGAAGCAUGUCUAUGUGCGAUUCUUCUCCAAAGGCAGCCUAGUGGAGACCUUGAUGAUGAAAGCACUGGUGCCAGCGAUGAUGCACGCAGUUGACGUGUACAAUUCUUUCACCUUCUUUUUCCAAGCGAAGUGCCUUCGUUUCACGUUCUUGGCUGCUUUUCUUUGUCUCUAUUUCCUCACCUGGCUAUUCGCCAAAGCCCUUGCUGAAGAGGAGAUGAAAGAAGAUUUCAAAGUCACAGUCCGGGACGGACAAAUCACUGGCUAUGACAAGAAUGAACUUGGUGUGAAGCCGAAGAGAAAUGCCCAGAACCAGCCUUGCAAUGAGCAAGACAAUGAUAGUCACUACAAGAAGAUGCUAACUUUGCUGAGCUUGUCGUUUGUGUUGACAACGCCUAGAAGCUUGGUGGAGUUGGCUCUUCAUCUUCAUUGUCGCGGGGACCAUCCCGGCAAAGCAGCUUCCAAAGUGCUUGGAACCAGGCAACUCCUUGCGACGUGGAUGUCCAAGGAGCACUUCGAAAUCGUUGAUCAGCGAGGAUUCGAAUGCAUUGUGCCUGCGGUGCUCUUGACCAAGGUGGUGCUUUUCAUGAUUCAAUUUGUCAUUUGGUGUCUGACAAUGGACCACAAACUCUGGAUUCAAAUGGGUUUCAAACUGUUCACCAUCGGCAAUUUGAUUUAUCAAUUGUGUUGGCUUUGGAAGUAUCAAAAGUCCUUGUUCAAGACAGCAACGGCGAGAUGGUUCACAUAUCUCGCGGACCAAUUGAAAGCGAAGGUCAAUCAGGUCACCCGGGCCCAGCUCAGAACCCUCCAUGAGGACGAUCUUGAGGAACUUCCCAUUCCAGACCAAAUCCCAUUCAGACCCGAAGUGACCGAAACUCAAGAUCAGUUUCAGCAGAGGAUUCGAGAGACUCUUCAAGGCAACGUGAUCCACAGUAUCGAAAUGCCUGAAGGGCAGGAAGGAAAAUUUCCCCCGUAUUUGAACAAACUCUGGCUUCAUGUCCUGAAGAAGCACUUCCCGCACUGUCUUGGCAAGAACUUCUGCUACAAACACUGUUGGCUCAGUGUGCACUGGCCCAUUCCCAAGUUCAAAGAAGAUGUUCAAAGUCGUCUCCUCAAACUGGCGGGCUUGGCAUUGGGCAUUCUUUGCAUCUGCAUUAUUGCGGAUUGUGUUUUGUUUUUACCGCAAAGACACCAAGCAGAGCGAGCAGCGGCCAAUGCACAGCUCCAGCAAGUAGUGGGCGAUGCCUCGCACUUCUUAGCUCUCAAGGAGCUGCUUAGCUAG